AUGGCCACUUCUCAAAUACCAGUAUCACUGGUUCACACCAUCAAGGGCCUCUCGCCCCUUUUUACAGUUUUAGCAUAUCGGGUGUUCUUUGGCAUUCGAUAUGCCAAAGCGACUUACCUAUCUCUUGUUCCAUUGACACUAGGCGUCAUGCUCGCCUGUUCUACUGGGUUUUCGACAAAUUUCUUUGGCAUCAUUUGCGCAUUACUGGCGGCACUAGUUUUCGUCUCUCAGAAUAUUUUUUCUAAGAAGCUCUUUAAUGAAGCUUCCCGCGCAGAGUCGGAAACGCAGUCAAGCGGUCGAAAGAAGUUGGACAAACUGAAUCUCCUCUGUUAUUGCUCGGGCCUCGCCUUCGUCCUCACGUUGCCAAUUUGGUUUAUCAGCGAAGGUUAUCGAUUGAUCUCAGAUCUUAUGCAAGAUGGUGCCAUCUCUUUAUCGGGGAAAGAUAACUCUUUGGAUCACGGUGCGCUCUUCAUGGAAUUUGUUUUCAACGGAGUUUCACACUUUGCGCAAAAUAUCCUGGCAUUUGUUUUGCUAUCUAUGAUAUCCCCAGUGUCCUAUUCUGUUGCUUCUCUGGUCAAGAGAGUCUUCGUCAUCGUCGUCGCGAUCGUAUGGUUUGGCAGCUCCACAACUCGUUUACAAGCUUUCGGUAUCGCACUCACCUUCGUUGGGCUGUAUCUCUAUGAUCGCAAUAGUCAUGAUGACGUGGCAGACCAAAGAGCAAAUGCCGAUCAUUUUCGCACCAGAGAAGCCAUUCUUCCCUUGAGUGUUCAAACAAAGAGAACAUGGGAUUCGAAUGGCUACGCCUUCCCGCCUCCAAGAACUGGUGAAACUCACUUUAUGGACAGCUCUGCUGCUUUGGCAGCAAAUUUGAAAAAAGAAGACGACGCAUUCGAUCAUGUUCGUCCAAGGGGAAGCAGCACGUCCAGGACAUGGCUACCGCCUGGUACAAAACAAGAGUCAACUUGGCAGUCAGGCGACUCUUAG